AUGAUGGAUCCUUGGACACCACUGGCUGGAAGCCCAAGUGGUGCAUCUCGUGUCUGUGGAACUGAGGUCCAUUUGCUCAUAAGAUAUUCAUCUCCGACCUGUCAAACAGCAACCGUGAAAGCGUCGUCUGAUUGGCUGAGGCUAGCUGUCUGUUCCAUAAAAAAGCAGAAAUCACACCAGUACAAGUGUGAUGUCUGGCAUCCAUCUGACAGGGUUGAAAUACUAGUUCUGACCCAGAUUACAAGUGUAACUUUGAACAGGUUACUUAACAUCUCUGUCUUCAUUUCCUCACAUGUGAAAUGUGGAAAACCAGUAUCCUCUCUUAAAGAUUUUGUAAUUAUUAAAUGGAAUAAUACAUGUAAAGUGCUUCCCCCAGGACUUGGCAAGGGCUCACCCAUCAGCAGCUAUUAUGAUCUUUAUUAG